AUCAUCUUCUUCAUCUCACACCCAGGACUGAACUAAGCAGCUUCCAAAACCCUAAGAAAAAUGCCGCCAUUACAGUCUCUGCAACUUAGGAGGCUCUUCCUUCGAUCCUUCCGCUCUUCUUCACUAUCAUUCCUUUCAUCUUCUUCACUGAAAUCCCUUCCUCAUUUCCUUCCACAACAACCCUCUUCCAAUCCAAACCCACCCGGAAACCCCUUCGAUCGACCCUCAUUCUUCGCAGCCAGAAACGUCUCCUCAAAUGCGACCCAAACACAACCCGAAUACCCGGAUCCGAUAGCUCAAUCCCUCUCGUCGGAGCUCACCAAGGACCCGGACUCGGACCCUCUGUCCUUCUCGCAGCGCCUCCAGCUCAGCUUCUCUCACAUCACGCCAACUGGAAAUCUCGUCCUCCAAAUCCUAAACAUCUCCCCCGAAGCCUCACGCGCCACCGUGCUAGGGUUCCAUCGAUGGCUCAUCUCAAACCCUAAAUUCGACCACACCGACGAAACUGUCUCCUACUUCGUCGACUUUCUCGGUCGCAAGAAGGAUUUUAAGGCCACGCACGACGUUCUCUCUGCCGCCGUCGAAGGCGGCACCCUUUUGGGGCCUAAAACCCUAACUUCCGCGAUCGAUCGGCUCGUUCGCGCGGGCAGGGCCACCCAUGCGAUCCAAUUCUUCGACCGGAUGGAAAAGGACUACGGAUUAAAGCGCGACCGCGAGUCCCUAAACGUUGUCGUUUCGAAGCUGUGCCAAAAUGGUUUCGCGAGCUACGCAGAGAAGAUGGUGAAGAAUCUGGCUAAGGAGUUCUUCCCCGACGAAAGCACCUGUGAUAUGCUGAUUCGAGGUUGGUGCGUGAAGGGGAAGCUCGAUGAAGCUGAGAGGCUCGCCGGAGAGAUGUACAGAGGAGGGUUCGAGCUUGGCGUGGAUGCCUUCAACGCAAUGCUGGACUGCGCAUGCAAGCUGUGCCGCGAGAAAGAUCCCUUUCGCUUUCACUCGGAAGCAGAGAGGAUUUUGGUGGAGAUGGAGUCCCGUGGUGUUCCAAGGAAUGUGGAAACAUUCAAUUUGUUGAUCAGUAGCCUUUGUAAGAUGAGGAAAACAGAGGAGGCUGUUCAAUUGUUCAAUAACAUGGGGUCGUACUGGUGUUCCCCGAACGAGACGACGUUUCUUGUGCUGAUCCGGAGUCUGUACCAGGCUGCAAGGUUGCAAGAGGGUGAUGAGAUGAUUGAUAGGAUGAAAUCUUCGGGGUUUGGUGCUGCGCUCGAUAAGAAGGCAUACUAUGGGUUCUUGAAGAUUUUGUGUGGGAUUGAAAGGGUUGAUCAUGCUUUGAGUGUGUUUGGGAUGAUGAAGGCUGAUGGGUGUGAACCAGGGGUUAAGACUUAUGACUUGUUGAUGGGGAAAUUGGGUUCCAUGAACCGUGUGGAUAAGGCGAAUACUCUGUUCAACGAGGCCAAGAAGAGGGGUGUGACUGUGGUGGCAAAGGAGUAUGUUGUUGAUCCAUGGUAUGCGAAGAAGGCGAAGGCAUUGAAGGACCAGAGGAAUAAGAAGAAGAAUAAGGAGAAGAAGAGAGAGACUUUGCCGGAGAAAAUGGCUAGAAAGAGGAGAAAGCUGAAACAGAUAAGGUUGAGUUUUGUGAAGAAGCCUAAACGAAGGAUGGGUAGAGCUUAAAAACAUCUCUUUGCUUUUUGGUCCUUUUGUAUUCUUAGUGCAACAUUUUGGGUUCUCCAAAUAUUUUGGAAUAGAUUUUUCCAAUUGUAACCAUUGUUUUUCAUUGUCUCAUGGUUAGUUUUUAUACUCUGUUAACAUGUUAUGAAAAUAAAAUCUUGUUUCUGAAUUGGUUACUUUCUUGAAAA